AUGGACCUCUCUGACCAGGAAGAAGAGGAUGUCCAAGUUGUUUGCAGCCACAGCAUGAUCAACCAAACCUCUCUCAAUGGAGCAUCCCUCUUCUCCUUCGCCGGUAAGAAGGAGAAUCAUCAGCGACGUAGCCACCACAGCUGUAAGACAGUAGCGGCAGCAUCUACAAAAUACAGAGAAUGUCUCAAGAACCACGCAGCCUCCUUCGGCGGUAAUGCCACAGACGGCUGUGGAGAGUUCAUGCCUGGUGGCGCAGAUGGCAUGCUUGAGGCUCUCAACUGCUCUGUCUGCGGCUGCCAUCGAAACUUCCACCGCAAGGCGGUUGAAGGAGAACCCUUCUCCUCAUCCUCAAAUUCAAUGGAUCACUGUCUUCACUUUCACAGCUACAUCAUGCCAAGGCCAGUAGCUAUGAUGCCGCCUUUGCUUCCACCGUCAGAAAUGCCCGAGGACAAGAAAAAGAGGCUGAGGACUAGAUUUACGGCCGAGCAAAAGGAGAAGAUGGCGAGGUUUGCGGAGAAGGUUGGGUGGAAACUGCAGAGGCAUGAGGAGGAUGUGGGGAACUUCUGUGAGGAGAUUGGGAUUAAGAGAAGGGUGCUCAAAGUGUGGAUGCACAAUAACAAGCACAACUUCGCUCAAAAGAACAGCACCGUUACUACCAAGUUCGACUGA